AUGCAUGUCAUGCUGCUCUAUUGCUGUGUCUUGGUCUUGCUAUUGCCCGGUCCAUGUUUUACGGCGCCCACAUUUAUUCCGGAGGGAGCGAGCUCUCCUUCCACAGAACCACAGGUUGACUUGAAGCUGGCCACAGAAUACCUUCAGCAGUAUUACAACCUGCAAAAAGAGCCUUUGGGGCGCAUGAAGCGGAGCGGGCCUGCCUUCACCUCCAAAGUGAAAGACAUGCAGAUUUUCUUUGGGCUCAAUGCAACAGGUGUGCUGGACUCAGACACCCUGGAGGUGAUGAGGAGCCCUCGAUGUGGCGUUCCAGAUGUGGAGGAGUACAGCCACAUCCAGGGGACCCGAUGGAACAAAAAUGUCAUCACCUACAGCAUUGGCAGGUACACCAGAGAUUUGCCUCGCAACACUGUGGACUCGCUGGUUGAGUCAGCUUUCGGCGUUUGGGCCAGAGCCAGUGGUCUGACGUUUGUCAGGUCUCACACCCGCAACUCUGACAUCAUGGUGGAGUUUGUGACCUAUGAACAUGGUGACUUGUAUCCAUUCGAUGGACCCGGAGGCACGUUGGCUCAUGCUUUCGGUCCAGGGCUGGGCGUUGGAGGUGACACACACUUUGAUGAUGGCGAGCACUGGACAGCGGGAGAAACAGGAUUUAAUCUGUUUGUGGUAGCUGCACAUGAAUUUGGCCACGCUUUGGGCCUGAAGCACUCCAGAAACCCGGACUCGCUGAUGUAUCCGACCUACAAAUCCUCCCGUCCAAUCAGCUUAUUAUCUAGAGAAGAUGUAGCAAAUAUCAACGCACUUUACAGCCCAGCUGGAGGUCGUCCGAAUCACUUACCGAGGUACGACUGGAGCUCUCAGUUUAACCCCUGGAUAUCAGGAUCGCUGUUCCCCCAACUCAUGCAGAACAAAUGUUCUCCAAACCUGACCUUUGAUGCAGUGUCCACUCUUGGGGAUGCCACCUUCUUUUUCAGAGAAAGAUACCUCUGGAUUAAACAUAAUGAGCAAUAUGACAUCAAAGAAGGUCCCAUCACCAACUUUAUGCCCAAGAUUGAAACAAGCAUCGAUGCAGCCUUCUGGGUUCCUCGCAGAUCCACUGCGUACCUCAUUCAUGAAUCCAUGUUCUGGACGGUGAAAGGCUCUCUUGUGAAGGGAAAGCCCAGAGCACUCAGCCACUUUGGAUUUCCAGCCUGGGUGCAGGACGUUGAUGCAGCCGUGCACAUAGUGAAAACAGGACGCACACUCUUCUUUAUGCAUGAUAUUUACUGGAGUUACAAUGAAAACCGAAGGGUCAUGGAUUUUGGUUACCCAAAGUACAUUAGCGAGGACUUUCCAGGAGUCAACACAACAAUAAAUGCUGCUGUUCAUAAAGAGGGUUUCAUCUACUUCUUUGUCGGACCACAAGUCUACAAAUAUGACUACACCCAGAAGCUUGUUGUCGGAGUUGAGAAAGCAAAUUCCUGGCUUGGAUGUUGAAACACUGUAAAUCUCAUGGAUUUACAGUGUUUCAACAAGGAAAUUACCUGAAAACCUUGAUUAAAUUAAACAAGAAGAAGAAGAAAGAAAUACUGUGCUUUUCUGAAUGAGGUUUUAUUUAU